CCCCCGCCACCCCGAAAGGGACAAGCGGUAGGAAAAUGGACGGUUAGAAUUCAGUUGCGUGUUUGUGAGCGAAUGGAAAGAGGAGGACGCGUCACACAUUCAGGUGCCACAUGGACUACAGGCGCUAGAGGGCGCCAGUGAGCAGGGAUUUAUUUUGGCAGGUUGAACCUUUUUCAUACAAUGGAGUGGUUGUCAGAACAAUCUACAUUUUGGGCGCCACGGGGAAGACCCAGGACACGUUGGGAAGACUAUGUCUCCUGGCUGGCCUGGGAACGCCCGGGAGGAGCUGGAUGAAAUGGCUGGGGGGAGGGAAGUCUGCUUAGGCUGCUGCCCCCGCGACCCCAUCUCGCAUAAGUGGAAGAAGAUGGAUGGAUGGAAAUAAAUAAACCCUACCUCCUGUUGGCAAAGUGCACCACUGUCCCACUGUGUGUGCGUGUGUGUGUGCGUGUGUGUGUGCGUGUGUGUGUGUGCGGGUGUGUGUGUGUGGAAUACAAAAGGACAGGUUUUGCAGAGGCACAAACCCAUGCCUGGAGCAGGAUUCCCAAUCUCCAUCCACCAACUGACCUGAGGCAUGAGGGCCUGCAUCGUAUUCAUUUGCCUGCUGGCUGCAACUCUUGCUCUCCAAGUGGAAAGUAAUCAUCAUGGAAGACAUAGGACUUCCCACAAGGCCAAAGAAAAGGACAUUAUCACUGAGGAGGCCCACAAGGCGGACAUCUUGCCCACUUUAGGGAGUCCUGAAGAGGGCGGCCUGGACAAAGAAGAGGAGGACGCCAGCUCGGAAGGCGACGGCGAAAGGAAGAGCGACGGGUUUGAGACGGGGAAGGACGAAGGCAAGGCGGUCCUGCUGAGCGAGGAGGAACUGCUCCAUCUUCUCACGAAGGAAGAGGAAGAAGCUGAGGAGCAAACAGAAGAAAUGAUUCAAGCUGAGGGCGUGAAGAAGAAAAGUCAUAAGGACCAAGAGUCCUUCAAGCAGGAGGAUGUUGCUCUGUUGGACCAGGACCAGGACCAAGGUAGCACAGAGUCCACCAUGGCCUCCGACGACGCUGGACCUCCUCUCCAGCUUCUUCUAGGGAAGGUGAAAGUCCACAGCCAUGACGUCCAGCCCAAAGUAGGUCCAGAGGAGCUUCAUCAUCACAACAUCACACAACAUCAACAUCAGGGAGCAGGAGCAGGAGGUCUAGAUCUCCACAACUCCUGGAACAAAAGCACAGGUUGGAUGAGUGAGGAGAAAGAAGUCUUGGAAGAAGACUCCCAGUUGGAUGAGGACAAUGGAAAUAGGAGGAAAGCCAAGAAGAAGCCAAGAAGAAGAAAACACUCGCCACAAGGGGAGGAAAAAGAAGAGGGAGGACACAACAACAACAACAACAACAACGAUAACAACAACAACAACAACAACAGCAGCACAGUGCAGAAGACCAAGAGGAGACGAGCAGGACAACGGGGCCCUUUAGUAGGUGUGAACCCAGUGCAGAUAAGAGCCAAAGUGGAUCUCUACCCGAGUGCCAGGCCGUCUCCUCGCCCUGAAGCCCCUCCUGAUCUGUGCGAUAACUUCCGCUGCAAGCGAGGAAGGACGUGCCAACUGGAUGCAGACGAGCAGCCGAGCUGUGUUUGUCAGGAGCCAUCACAAUGUCCCCGCAGCUUGAACCACUUGGAUCCUGUUUGUGGGACAGACAACGAGACGUACAACACAUCUUGUGAGCUCUUUGCCACUAAAUGCAAGCUGGAAGGCACCAAGAGAGGACACAGACUUCAUCUGGACUACACAGGACCGUGCAAAUUCAUCCCUCCAUGCGUGGACACCGAGUUGGUCCAGUUCCCGCUAAGAAUGAGGGAUUGGCUGAAAAAUGUGCUGCUGCAGCUCUACGAGCAUGACGCCAUGUCCCCCGGCUACCUCACGUCCAAGCAACGCUUCAGAGUGAAGAAAAUCUUUGAGGACGAGAGGCGACUUCACGCCGGCGAUCACUCGGCGGAGCUGCUGGCUCAAGACUUUGAGAAGAACUACAACACGUACAUCUACCCGGUUCACUGGCAGUUUGCUCAACUGGACCAGCACCCAUCUGACAGACUGUUGUCUCACUCCGAGCUGGCCCCCCUACGUGUCCCUCUGGUGCCCAUGGAGCACUGCACCUCUGGCUUCUUCCAGGAGUGUGACGCCGACAAGGACAAGCAGGUGUCCUUUACCGAGUGGACUUCCUGUUUUGGCAUCAACAAGAACGACAUUGAUGUCAACCUUCUGUUCUAAAGCUUCAUUUUGGACAGUGGGGAAGGGGUUCCUACGGCUCCAUCCCUGGGCGGAUCUCGCUUUUGAAAUGCAGUUUGCUGAAAUGAUGGAAAGCGCCACUCUCCAAAGCAACUGACGCUGUGGUCAAAGUUGGAAUUGCCAAAAAACACAUAUUAAGAUUUUUGACACUCUCCUGCCAUCUGGCGGCUAAAGCGGAUAGGGUACAACCAAUUUGUCACAUUUCAUGUCUCAGUUAAAGGGGCCAUGUGAAUUCCCUUCUUACUGUCGUUCAACAACUGCACCUACACGCCAUUGGAAGUUUUCUAUGCACAGAAGAAUGACAAUUAUUCAAAGCAUGCACCCCCUGUGCUAUCACUUUUCUAUUCCAAAACUCCAAAUUUCUCCCACAGCUCAAUGCGCUCUAAGAAUCAGCCACUCUAAUUUUGAGGUGUUUAGUCCAAUCACCGCAGAAUCCAGCCUAGCACAUGUCUGUAAUAUUUGAGCAAGAUUGGUUAAAAAACAAAAAGCUCCUAUAGUCACUUAGCAACUAAAUAUCCACAAGUCAUUGACCAAUUGAGGAUAUCCAUAUUGUUUGUAUGCUAGCAUGUCUUCUGAAGGACUCAUUGAGAACGCUAUAAAAAUGUGAAGAAAAAACAAACAACUUUUGUUCCACUUCCUGUGUGAGUACUUUCAUUUCCUCCAUUUUAUGCCACUGGUCAUAGACUGUUUUUCAACUGUUUAUUACGCAAUCCAAGCUGGGUAAACAUUUACAAAGCUAAUUAGUGUAGCAGGCUUGAUAAUAAAGAAUGUAAUUGCUGUUGAAUGUAGCGUCUUACCUUAGUUUGCUGGCUGUAUCAUUAAACCUGGUGUGGAAAGCAGA